AAUUCAUUUGGUAAGGCGUGACGCCAUCACUUCACUUUAUCAAAUCGUUUCCCCAUGAUUCUCGGCAUUCGCCCUGAAUUUGAUCGCUUCCGUCUCUCGCUCGGCUCCUUGCCAUAGCCGCUGCCCACGGGCCUAGUCGCUCAAAUGGACCGCCAAGCAUCGACCUGCCACAUGGUGGCGAUGCCGUAUCCCGGACGCGGCCACAUCAAUCCUAUGAUGAACCUGUGCAAGAUCCUGGCCUCCCGAGCCCCGCACGUCACCGUCACCCUUGUCCUCACCGAGGAGUGGCUCGGCCUCGUAGGCUCCGACUCGAAGCUGAGCAACGUAUCCUUCGCCACCAUCCCGAACGUGCUCCCGUCUGAGAGGGUCCGUGCUCAGCACUUCUCGGAGUUCGUGGAGGCCGUCUCCACGAAGAUGGAAGCUCCGUUCAAGGAGGUGCUCGAUCGGCUCUGCCCUCCGCCGACCCUCAUUGUGGCCGACACGUUCCUGACCUGGGCGGUCCACGUUGGGAACCAGAGGAACAUUCCGGUGGCCUCAUUUUGGACAACUGCGGCCUCAAAUUUCUCCUUCUUAUACCAAUUACAACUUCAUGAGCAGAAUGGCCAUUUACCACAGAAUUUGUCAGGGGACGAAAAGGAGGAUUCUGCUCCUGAGAUUCCUCAAACACGUUCGCCGUUGUUGGUCGAUGGAAGUGUUAUGCAGAAAGUCCGCCUAAUGUUGAAUUGGGUCCCUCGAGCGCAGUACCUGUUGCUUUCUUCUGUGUACGAGUUCGAAUCUCAGACAGUCCACGCCCUGAAGCCGAGCCUGUCGUUUCCUAUCUAUACCAUUGGUCCAUCCAUCCCGUACUUUGAGCUCGAAGGCAAUCCUCGCUCAAACAGCGACUCGAAUUACAUACUAAAUUGGCUGGACCGCCAGCCAGGCAGCUCUGUUUUAUACCUGUCCCUAGGCAGCUUCCUUUCGGUCUCAAGCUCCAAAAUGGAUGAGAUCGCGGUGGGGUUGCGCGACAGUAAUGUUCGGUUCUUGUGGGUGGCGCUUCAUGAGGCUUCUAGACUGAAGGAACUGUUGCCUGACGGCGACAUGGGGAUCGUGGUGCCGUGGUGCGACCAGUUGAGGGCAUUGACGCAUCCAUCGGUCGGGGGGUUCUGGACCCACUGCGGCUGGAACUCAAUCCAGGAGGGUGUCUAUGCAGGGCUUCCAUUCCUGGCGUACCCAAUAGCCAUGGACCAAGGUCUCAAUUGCAAGCUUGUGGUGGACGAUUGGAAGGUUGGGUGGAGGGUGGGCGAGGGUGAGGGCGACAUCGCGGGGCUAGUGCGCAAGUUCAUGGAUUCAGGUGACGACGAGAGCAGAGAACUGAGGAGGAGGGUCGAAGGCCUUCGAGAGUUAUGCCGCCAUGCGAUUGGACCGGAUGGGUCGUCUGGGACUAAUAUCGGGCCUUCAUUAGCGACAUUUCGCGCGAUGCUGCAAAAAUUCAUGACAUUAGUGACUCUCAACCGGAAGACUCCGUCCUGUUUAUUUUUCUGGCGAGUUUCCUAUCGGUCUCGAGUGACCCGGUGGGAGUGCGCAAGGGGGGAGUACGUUCUUGCGGGCGAGUGGGGACACCGGUGCUUGGGUCAAAGAAGGCGUUUGCAGCAAUAGGGGUCUGGUGGUGCCCGGUCUGAUCAGUCGAAGGUGCAGAACCACUCUUCGGUUGGAGGGUUCUAGAUGCAUCACGGGUGCUGAACCCCUCUUCAGUUGAAUGCUCGUCUUCCCAUUCUUAUUGGAUCAAGAUCCCAAUGGUAAGCAGGUCAGCGGAAGUGUAAGAUUUGUUGGGGAGUGAAAAAGACGAUACAAGAAUUAGUGUUGAGACAAGCCAUUGCUGAGACUGUCCAUAGGAUCAUCAUGGACUUGGACAGUUAGGACGGGAAGGAAAUCAGGAAGAGGGCGAGCAAAUUGCAAUGAGCUUUUGUCCGAGUGGUCCUGAUAGGCGGGUCGUGUUACUCCGAUGUCUCAAGGAAAAUAGCGUGCUAAUGCAACAAGCUGGGGACCUUUCGAGAACCCACGAUUCAGGAUCUCUCGAUUGAUCCAAAUUCUCGGCUGCAAAAGGCGGGGGGAAAGUGCAAUUCCGACGCAUGAUCAAGGAUUGCUGGUAGCGGUUUUCAGGAGAGAUUCCCACCGAGCAUGGUAUAAAAGAAGUGCAUCAUGGUAUAAAAGAAAAGCGCUACAAGAGUUCAAUACUAGACUCGUCUAUGAUUACAAAUAUU